CCUUCCUCUCCACCCAUCAAUACAUAGUACUUUUUGAAUAUGAGCUACGUCAUGUAUCUUGUGACAAUGGAGCAACUUUUGCUGAAGUACAGAAGUGACAGAGUGACAGUAACCCUCUGAACGAAUCGCUAUGAGGUAAAGGUCGGGGGGGAAGCACCUGGAGCUAAAGUCGUACGUUAUUAUAUAUUACUCGUAGGUACCGAAGUGAUUCGUCGUAAUAAAAUUGUCCUUCAUUCUUCCUCAAAGCAUUGUCUCGGUCUAAUAACUCUUCAAUAGUAUAUAUCACUGAGGAUACCUAAAGCAUAAGCUUACAUACCUUACCUAUACGCCAAAAAAGCCACAAUGUCGUCGAAAUCCAAAUUACCCUUCGCCUUGGGCCUAACCGCUGCCGGUGGUAUUGGUUACUACCUAUACAGCGCCGGCGGCAAUACUCACGUCGCUAAGAAGCAAGCUGAAGCCGACGCAUACAGAGUCUCUUCCCAAUUCAAAUCAGACCUGCCCGGUCGAGGCGAAGAGGCUAGGAAAGAUGCCGAGAAGUACGGCGCACAAGCCGGCUCAAAAGUUGACAAGACUAUCCACAAGACAGAAGCCGAAUUGAAAAAGGCCGCUGCUGAAGCGGAGGCCUACGCAAAGGAAGCCAAGUCCGCUGCUCUGAAGAAGGUGGAGGAGUUCGACAAGAAGGUCGAAACUGAGGCGUCCAAGGCCAAGAGUGGAAUCUCGAGCUGGUUUGGAGGCAAGUGAACGAGUCGGGGGACGGGUACCUAUUCGUUAUUCUAAAUCAUCAAAUAACAUGGGAUUAGGAGUCAGGUUUGGUGAAGGAGUAUUAUCUGAAAUGGGCUGAACGGAUUGUCCUAUAUGAUUGACGUCUAAUACGCAAAAAAAUAAAAAAAAAAUAAUUA